AUGAUGUCAAGUGUGAACCAUCAUCCGAUAAAUAUAUCGCAGUUCUUUGAUACAGUUAAUAAAAUUCAAAUCACAGCCGCUGAUCGAGAGUUACACUGGUUCGUGAAGGACGUUAUUUUAUCCGAAUUUCCACAAAUAGUGGAAGCUCUCGAAAUAUGUUCAAAUCUUGUAUUAUAUAACUCACCGCAGCAUCCUGAUCCCGAAAAUAGAGUCGAAAGAGGUCCUCCUGUAAAACUACCGGUUUCCUCACCCAAACUGGAGACUCUCAAGGGUAUAAUUGUCAGAGACGGCGCCUAUGUUACUCAGUUGUCAGUUUCUUUAAAGGAGCCGCAUUUUAACAAGGUUCUUCAUAAACUUCAAUUAAAGAAACCCCUACUUCUCGAUCAAAUCAUUACAACAAAAAAAAGCAUUGAUCGUGCUAUGGAACUAAUUAAAGAGGCUCAGAAAACCUUAAAUUGUACUGAAGAGGACCAUAAUGCUUUGGUUACAACUUUUAAAACUCUAAUGGGGGAAAUAAAGACGGCAAAGAAUUCGUUACAGUUACCAACCGAUCCUGCUCUUGUAUUUCCAAUCAACGUCACGCCAAGUGAUGCAUUUGAACCCGAACUUACUCCAAAUAUAUCCUUUGAUCUAUAUAUAAGUCAGGCAGAGGUAUGCAUAGACUUAAAAAACUUGCAUAGGAUUCAAGAUAAACCUUGGUCCAAUAUUGACGAAAAUGGUAAAUCGUACAUUGAUAAGCUUAGGGACGAAAUGAAAUUACCAAGUACUCAUUCAACGACUACCCCGGCCUCAACACCCAUAGCUCCUUCGCAACCUCUCAAUAUGGCUGAUAUUGAAGAUCGGCUUAAUCAAAUUAGCACAAUUCCUCCUGGUCAAAGGUCUACGGAUAGAAGUAAGCUAUUUUCUGAUAUUAUUAGUCAUUUGCUGCUUAAGCCUAAAUAUGACCCAAUUGAUUUCAUUACAAAGUGUAUCACAUACAAUAACAUGGUUGUUACUAUAAACAAAAAGAUAGAGGUAAGUUCUCCAGAUCCAAUCUUGGUUAGCGCUUUCACAAAACUUGACAGUAUAGAGUACUUAGUAAGUUCAUUUUUAGAAAACCUUCAAAAAGUGAUGGAUGAUUAA